AUGGCGAAUUAUAAAACUUUGUUCGUUUCCGUGAUCUUAAUGGCGUGUGUGACAUCCUCAUUUCAGAGAGUAACAGUCGAGAUUUUAACACCGACAAAAACUGGACCGGAAGUAGGAUUGAUAAUUGUUCCUGGCGCUUACAUAGAUGGCAGUGCCUAUAAACCACUCGGUGAAGCCAUUCAAGCCGAUAGCGAUCUAAAGGUAUGGGUGGCCUUGCUGGGAGGCUUUUUCGGAAACCUUGCCAACCCACUACAGCUUGGAGGCGCUGUAAACAAAGCAAAAUCAGAACUGACGAAAAGGGGAGCGAAACACAUUUUCCUGGCUGGACACAGUCUUGGGGGACAGCUAACUGCAAACUAUGUCUUGAACCACUAUAGAGGACUUUCGGGAGCUCUCUUGUUUGCUUCGUACUUGCCUCGCAACGUCGAACCCACGUCAUAUCCGGUUCCGGUGCUUACUAUCGCCGGAGACCUGGAUGGUUUAGUCAGAUUGACAAGGAUACAAGAAUCUUACGAGGGGUUGGUCCCAGACGUACAAAGGAACAAAAGCGCCAUGUACCGAACGCCAGUUAUAACUGUCGAGGGAGUCAAUCAUGGACAGUUUGCUUCCGGUCCUAUGCCUAGUGAGGUUUUGGCUUACGACCUGGAACCGGAAGUGACCAAUGUGACGGCCUAUUCCCUAAUUGCGAAAUAUACCAACGCUUUCAUGGCAGCAAAUAUUCCAGCCGAAAGUACUGUAGUAGCAGACGCACGAAAAGUUCUGCUAGAGGGAUACACGGCGACAGGAUAUAUCAUGGCUCCGCUAACGAACAUGAAGAGCGUUUCAACAAACCCUCUACACGUGUCCAAAUGGACAAGCGAGGCCCAGACGGUUCUGAUGGGACUCCGAGACACAUCAAAAGUCAGGAUUAUAAACAAAGUGGUAUCCGAGAAUCAACUGCUCAACUCCAUACCGGAAAUGACGUUUAAAGAUGGCAUGUUGACGAUAACAACGUACACACAAGUGUCGUUCCAGCUGAACCCGCUAGACGUAUCAACCUUCUACAUGUCUCCAGUGCAACUACAGGCGGAGAUGAAAUCACGUGACGCUAUCAAGGCGUUCCUUCCAAAUGAGACCUACAUGGCAAACAAUGAGAGUUGUAAUUUAAUCAACGAGGCUGCACUACAGUAUGCACUGGGCCAGGCGUCUCCCCUCGCCGUCAGUCGUUUCGGAAAGAGAGGUCGCCCCGUGGUAUCUGAACAAGACGUUGUCCUCCCCAGUGUCCAAACAUGGCUGCUUCAGGAAUUGUUGUAUGAGGACGACCAAGAUGGCGUUCAUGUGACAUCAGAAUCAUACCAGGUGAAAUACGACCCCUCCAAGGCGAGCACGACAGGUCUGUACUUCUGUAAGCUACUAGCUCCGUACCGGGCGAUGGAAUGGAUAUAUGUGGAUGGCCUCAGGAAGUUAGACGGAUUUAAACAUCUAGAAUCUAUUCUGGAAGACAAGUUGUAA